CAUAAAAUGAUAUAGUAAACUACUAGUUAUAAAUAUUAAAUGUUUUCCAUGUAUACUAUCUUAUAUUAGGAAGGCAAUGACACCAGUGCAAUAGGGUUCAUGUCGCUAAAACCUAGAAAUUAUUAAAGUAGCUAACUGGUAUGGUGAGUGUACUAUUUUUUACACUUCGCUGCCGCUGUUUGCAGAAGACUACAAGGCAUUUAUUCACCUCUAUUAUUAAUAAUAUCUUUAAUAUACCUGACUUGAAAGGAAUAAAAGAACGAGGCGCAGACAGAGUGGCCGCAGAAUUUACUUUAAGAAUGGGCGGAACAGUAAAGUUAAUUAAGGAAUUUAAGGAAAGUGGAAACUUGAGGAUACUCCCAGGGUUACUUACUAGGCUUGAAGAACUUGAAGAGUUUGAAAACCUUUGUAACGAAGAGGGCCUAAAAACUAAGGUGUAUCUUUAUGAAGUAAAUUUGAAAGAUAUUUCCGUCACAGAUCUUGGAAUGGAACAUUUUAAGAAUUUGAAACAUUUAAAAACAUUGGUGCUUGACAAUAACAGAUACAUAAGUGAGGAAGGACUAAAAAAGGUAUCUAACCGAAUCGGCGUUCAAAAAUUUGACUAAGCAAAAUAUUAAAAGCAGUUAGCAAUAGUUUAAGGUGCGCUAAAAUAAAAAGUUAAACUAACCCCUGAGUCUCCUCGAGUCUUACAAGCUCCUCAAGAUCAAUGCUUUUUUUUUUUAACUCU